AUGACGGCACCUCGGGCCCUGUUCUUCGACACGUUUGGCACGGUCGUGGAAUGGCGCACUUGUGUAACCAAAGCCCUGACCACGGCCGCUCAGCAAGCGCUGGAGUCUGGCAGGGAUGUCCCGGCUGAUGUACGAGGUCGUGCGUCUACUAUGAGCGAGGGGGAUUGGCUCGGCCUCGCCGAAGAAUGGCGGCUGUCUUACGGAAGAUUCACGAGCACAUUUGAUCCAUCCAAAGAUUUCGUAUCGGUAGAUCAGCACCACUACUCUGCGCUGCAAGAUCUACUCAGUCAACAGGGCAUCCUGGAACUGUUCACUGAUAGUGAGCUACGGUCUUUGACCUUCGCCUGGCACCGGCUUGAUCCCUGGGCGGAUAGUGUCCCGGGACUCAAUCUAUUGAACAAGAGAUUCAUCACAUCCACCCUAUCAAAUGGAAAUGUGACACUACUUGAGGAUCUUCAAAGACACGGAUCUCUGCCUUUCACCCAUAUCACCAGCGCCGAGAAUUUCGGCGCCUACAAACCCUCGCCUCUGGUCUACAAUGGAGCUGCCAAGCUGCUUGGACUGGAAGCCUCGCAAUGCGCCAUGGUAGCCGCACAUCUCAGUGAUCUUCAGGCAGCCAAGAGCUGCGGCUUUCAAACUAUAUACGUCGAGCGGCACUUCGAAGAGGCUUGGUCUGCUGAUGAAGUGGAACAGGCCAAGAAGGAUGGCUUUGUUGAUCACUGGGUUGAUUUAAAUAUAGGGGGCUUUCUAGAGGUGGCUCGGCAGCUCGGGGUUGAAUGA